UAUUAUAUUUUUUCUUUAAAUCAAUUAAAAAUGAGUACAAUCACAAAAAGAGGUGAUCUGGAGGAAUUCAUUCACGGAAUUCAGUUGCUCAUCUUGAUCCAAUACUUUCACUUCUAACUGUUUCGAGCGUCAUGGACCUAGAAUCAGUGAUUGAGUUUCUUGGAUGUGUUCCGCUGCUACAGAGGCUGCCUAGCUCGUCUUUAAGGGCAAUUGCUGAAGUGAUUGUCGUUAAGCGCUACGAGAGUGGAGACUACGUUCUUCGUGAGGGUGAAACAGGAGCUGGAAUCUAUUUCAUAUGGGAGGGAGAGGCUGAAGUACAUGGCGUUGAUGAAGAUGGAGAAAAUCAGCCGGAAUUUCAGUUAAAGCGUUAUGACUAUUUUGGAUCCUCAAGAUCUGUACAGGAUGCUGAUAUAGUUGCUCUGUCUAAGCUCACAUGCUUGAUCCUACCUCGGGAACAUUAUUCAUUGUUAACUUCUAUGUCGAUUUGGAAUGCCGACAGAACUCAUGAUACAUGUGCACUUGUUGAGAAAAUAUUGCACCUACAGCCUCUGGAAGCAAAUUUAUUCCAAGGGAUUACUUUACCAGAGGCUCCAAAAUUUGGAAAAGUUUUUGGUGGGCAGCUAGUUGGCCAGGCACUGGCAGCAGCGUCAAAAACUCUUGAUUGUCUCAAGUUUGUGCAUAGUUUGCAUGCAUAUUUUCUUCUCAUCGGGGACUUUGAUACGCCGAUUAUAUAUCAAGUUCAACGUAUUCGUGAUGGACACAGUUUUGCUUCCCGGAGAGUGGAUGCAAUACAGAAAGGAAAUAUCAUUUUCACAUUGCUCGCUUCAUUUCAAACUACAAUGGUUUAUUCGCAGAAAGAAGAAGAAGGAUUUGACCACCAGAUAGGAAAAAUGCCAGCUGUGCCAUCUCCAGAUACGCUUCUAUCAAUGGAAGACUUGCGCGAGAGACGCCUUACAGAUCCAUCUCUUCCUAGGACUUACCGUAACAAGGUAGCUGCAAGGACAUUUAUUCCUUGGCCAAUUGAGAUACGAUUUUGCGAGCCUAACAACUCGACGAACCAGACCAAGUCUCCUCCUUGUUUGAAGUAUUGGUUUAGAGCAAGAGGAAAACUAUCAGAUGAUCAAGCCUUGCACAGGUGUGUAGUAGCAUAUGCUUCUGACCUGAUAUUUCUUUCAGUAAGCUUGAAUCCCCAUCGUAGGAAGGGUUUGAGGACAACUUCCAUAAGCUUGGAUCACUCGAUGUGGUUUCACCGACCUUUAAGAGCUGACGAUUGGCUGUUAUUUGUAAUUGAGGCACCUACUGCCUAUAAUGCUCGUGGUUUCGUUACGGGCGAGAUGUUCAACCAAAAGGGCGAGCUCGUCGUGUCAUUGACUCAAGAAGGCCUAAUUCGGAAGGUAAGAGUGCCAGAAUCCACUCCAGCCUCAAAGCUAUGAAAUUUUUUCAUCUAAUGUGGUAGCUUUCAAUAUGCUAUGCUAUAGUCCAUAUCAAUUUUGAUAUCUCAACAUGGUGGCGGAUAAAAGGUGUUCAAUAAAUGUGUUUGUAAAACCAACUUGUGAUUCUAAUUAUACACACGUAGAUCAAAGCUUAUGGUAUUUCGUGCUUAUGUAAUGUGUGGUGAUGCCCUCCUUUCUCUCGAACUUCUCUUAGUUUAUUUGAAGUGAUUCAAUUGGAUGAUAAA